CAGGUGGAAAAUCAGCUGAUUCCACAACAGGAACAGGAAGCAAUAGCCCCAAAAAGUGCUCAUGGAAAAUAGCUAUCUCACUUGCAUUGCAAUUAUUUAAUUUAAAAAGAAAACAGUUCAGGCUUUAAAAGAUGUUCGGCGGAGACGAUGAAGAGGGAGACUUCUUGUCGCCGACUGGAGGGGCCAAGUUGGCCUCCCUGUUUGGACUAGACCAUGAAACUGAUCAGGGGAACGAGUCAUUCCAGUACACAGCCCCAAAACAACCCAGAAAAAGCUCCAACCCAGUUGUACAGAAACCAGCUUUACCAUCUGUGCUGUAUGCCACAGCAGUCCAAGCCUUCAGAUAUAAUAACGGACAGUAUGUGAAGCAAGGAAAGCUGGGAGUAGCCGUUCUGGGUAACCAUACAACAAAAGAGUACAAGCUGCUUUUGUACAUGAGCCAACAGAAACAAGUGACCGUUGCCAAGAUCCAUGCAGGUUUUGUUUUCACGGUUCAGCCAAACAAUUACUGCACUUUUUACGAUGACCAGAGACAAAACUGGUCCCUAAUGUUUGAGUCCAAGAAAGUUUCAUCUAACUUCUGUAAAGAGGUAUGUUUGGCAAAAGCUAACAGCACAGCCCCCUUUGAUACUGUGGUGGUUCAGGAUAUUACCCUUGGGGAGGGCCAAAGUGUAGACAAUGGAGAUUUUGUGGAGGUGGUCUACACAGGAUGGCUCCUGCAAAACCACACAUUUGGACAGGUGUUUGAUUCGAACCAUGAAAAAGAAAAGCUCCUACGACUGAAAAUCGGAACUGGAAAAGUAGUAAAAGGCUGGGAGGAAGGGAUGGUGGGCAUGAAGAAGGCAGGCAGUCGUAUCCUAAUCGUCCCACCGAACCUAGCUUAUGGCUCUAAGGGAGUCCCAAACUGCAUCCCAGCUAACAGCACACUUAUUUUUGAAAUUGAGCUUCGACGGGUGAAGCUUUCUAAAGACAGUUGCUCGGAUCAGGCCAGUGCCAGAUCCAGAGACUCCGCUGCUCCCUCCCCCAUUCCUUCACCGGCCCCCAGUGUGGAGAAUCUGGCUCCAGAACCUUCAGUGCAGACGAUCUCCUCAGGUCAAGGAACGCCAGGAGACCACUCACUUUAUGCAAAGUCAAACUCUCUAAGUGAACAGCUCACAAAUCCAGACGCUACUAAAGCCAAGUUAAUCUCUCGCAUGGCAAAGAUGGGCCAACCCAUGUUGCCUUUCCUGACAGGAGUGGCCAGCCAGCCUGAUUCCAGUGACUCUGAGCAUGAGGACAUCAGUGGCAGCACAGCUAAGCAUCGAGCCGCAGCUCCCUUACCACCGCUAAUCUCCACUGAGGCGCCAACUUCAGCUCAAGCUUCACCUUCAGCUGUAGUUCCUGUUGUUACUAGUGUGGCCCCACAGCCAGUGCUAACAGGCAGGAGCCAUGCAUUUCAGCCUUACUCCUACACACAGACCCCGGCAACACCAUCUCAGCUGCAGCCUAUUGGCCAGGUGUACCCUGCACAAACUGUCUCCUGCGUGAGCUCUACUGAUGUUACUUCCUUUAUGAUUUCUGAGGCUCGACAACAUAACACAGAGAUCCGGUUAGCUGUUGGAAAAGUGUCUGACAACUUGGAUCAACUGACCAAAAAGGUAGAUGACCUUCAGAGACAUGGAUCGUUUCACAUGGGUGUGUCGAGUAUGUCGAUGGAAACCUCCAUGAUUGUCCACAACAUUCAAAGAAUUGUCCAGGAAAAUGAAUGUUUAAAAAAAGAGGUUUUUGAAAAGAGUGCUCGCAUUGAAGAGCAAAAUCAUAAGAUUGGAGAGCUCAUAAAUCAAAACCAGAGGCACAUGGAGCAGAGUAACCUGAUGCUGGAACAAAGGAAUGACUCCCUGAAGUCAUCUAAUGAACAGAGCCAGGCCAGAGUACUGCAAGCAGAGCAGGAUAAGCAUGCACUGCCUCAGGACCUAGGCUCUGACCAGGUUCGUCUGACAGAGGAGUUGGCCUCAACUGUGACCCGGCUGUCUCAGCUGCAGCUAGAAGCGUCAGCUCACCAGCAGAAGUCCAUAGAGCUGCAGAGUAAACUGAACUCAGUGGUACAGGACAGUGCAAGCCAGUGCCAACACAUCAUGUCUUUGGAAAAACAGCUGGGAGAAUUGAAGGAGGCCUCAGAGAGAACUCAAGUUCAGUACCGCUUAGAAAAGCAAAGACGGAAAGAGAUUGAGUUAAAAGUCAACAACUUGGAAGAAGAUCUACAAGACCUGAAGACUGACAAAGAGGGCCUGGAAAGAUCAGCUUUGGAAAGGAAGAAGAAAUGGCAUGCGGAGCGCCAGCGUUGGUAUGAGGAACUGGAGGAGUUCCGCAAGAACAGCCAGCAGGAACUGAACAAUCUUCAAGCUCAACUUCGCAAGGCCAGGACCAGCACCAACAGUGCUGCAUCAGAACAGUUGUGCCAGAUUCAGGAAGAGCUGGAAGAGGACUGGAAAGCAAAGUGUGAGCAGAUGUUGGCUUCUGCCAGUGAGCAGCACACCAGAGAGCUGGCUGAACUUGCCAGGCAGAGAGAUGCACUGCAGGAUGAGCUCACCCAGUUACAGGAGAAGUUUUUGCUUUUGAAGCAAUCAAGAAAGUCAGAAGAGCAGAGAUUACUACAACAGCAUGGGCAGGCCGACGAAUUGCAGGCCCUUCAGGAAAAAUGCGCAGACUUGACGCAAGAAGCACUAACUUUAAGGGAGAAGCUAGAAAAAGCAGAGGCUGGACAGCAGAACAGUUCAGGUGACACUGCAGCAGAGGUGAAGCGUGUGAUGAAUGGAGUGUUUCAUUCUCUGCGAGGAGAGUUUGAACUUAGUGAAUCUUACAGUGGCCAUGAUGUACUGAGUGUGAUUGUCACCACUAUUAAAAAUGUAACUUUACAGCUGCUCCGGAGCUCAACCAAAUCUUCAGUAAGUAAGGAAGAAGAUUACAGAAAACAAGAGGAUGGAGAAAAAAGUGAUAAUCUAUUGCAAACAGAGAAUAAUGUUUAUAAAAAUGAGAAGGAGCGUAACGAGAGAGAAAUCAACGAGGAACAACAGAGGAAGGGAAUGCAUGUGGUUCCAGCCGGUGAGACCCGGGUAAACCUGGAGGUAGAGACGGAGUCAGACGGCCAGGCCGAGUCACAACAGGUCAGUGGUCAUCCUACAAAUUCAACACUUGAAUCAACGCCUCAGGAGACAGCGGCAGCAGAAUGUGUGAGGCAGGAAGAGCAACCACAACACGAUGUCUCUGAGACCUCCACAGAGGAGAGAGACUCCUGCAGGUCUGCAGAUCCAGAUGAUGAACCUGAUAACAACUUGCCACCUGUGAAUGGACAGGAAACAAUUUCAGAAGCAGAUGUUUCAAUUAACAGCAACGUGGCAACAGAGAGUUUGGACAACAAGCAUGUAGAGGAAGUGAUUGCUGCCUUCGGCCCCCCGGCCAACCCACCUCCCCCACCGAAUGCACCUCAGAACAACCCAGUUGAGGACACAGGGUUGACUGAGGGAAUGGUGGGGGAAAAUUCUGAAGAGCCAUUUUUCCAGACCACAGCUCCUGCCAGACCGUCUACAGCCCCCACUGAGGAGGAAGAUGAGGAGGAGAUGAACAUGAAGGGCCAUCCACCACCUGCCCCUCUAUUUGGCGAUGAUGAGGAUGAUGAUGACCUUGACUGGAUGAACUAAGAGAUUUUCCAUAUAUAAUUACAGUACCAGUUAAAGCAGUAGCAGCAGGUGUUUGACCAGCUGUCUGCGCCACCAUGUGUGGACUAGUAAACGCACCUGAUGAGUAAUUUGUUUGGACGGAGCGCUCAGCCAGCCUGUAUCCUGACGACUGAUUGCUGGAUCUGAGGCUCUAAUUCUGUUGAAGUACAAAGCUUGUAAGUCACAGGUGAAUUGCAAUUGAUCUUUUACAUUAAUCAUGUAAAAUGUGGUGAUGUGGUUUAAUACCAAAUUUUUACAUAUAGUAAUGUAGCAGGUCUGUUGAAUCAGUUGUAAUCCUGUCCUCAGUAUGCUGAUACAGUAGAUGUUUUUAAAUAUUAGUUUGGUAUUUGACAAUAGAACCUUUACACAAUUUUGCUAACCUGAAGUUAAUUCCAGAAAAUAAAUCAUGAAAACUUC